AGUUACUAAUAUACUCCGAAAUUCUAUGUUUCAAAAUUGAUUUUGAGCAGGACUGUUUACGUUCGCUUGCCACGGUAGAAAGCACAAAUAAUGACGAGACGCCGGCUGUAUUUGCACCUAAAGCCAGCCACAAAGCAAAUAUCGUAUACGCGCUCGGGCCCUUGUGGAUAAGGCUCUGUCCCGCCUUCGUUAAUUACUAUACUUAUCGUACGCCGGCCGUGGCUAACCACCGCGCGCAACCGUCUCAUCGCCCGAUGAGCUCUCUGCAGGCGGCGGCGUGGAGCAAGGAAGAGGACAAGGCGUUCGAGAACGCGGUCGCAGCAGCCGCGCCUCCGCCGCUGGACGGCCUGCCGGAGGAUGAGUGGUUCGUGGCGCUGGCGGCGAGCGUGCCGGCGCGGUCGACGGAGGAGGUGCGGCGCCACUACGAGGCGCUGGUGGAGGACGUGGGCGCCAUCGAGGCAGGCCGCGUCCCGCUCCCGCGCUACGCCGGGGAGGAGCCGUCCGCCGCGCCGCCCGACGGGCAUAAGAACGGCGGCGGCGGCGCCGGGCACCGGCGCGAGGAUCGGAAGAGCUUCGACUCCGGUAAGAGCUGCUCCAAGGCGGAGCAGGAGAGGCGCAAGGGGAUCCCGUGGACAGAGGAAGAGCACAGGUUGUUUUUGCUGGGGCUGGACAAAUUCGGCAAGGGCGACUGGCGGAGCAUCUCGCGCAACUUCGUCAUCUCGCGGACGCCCACGCAGGUGGCGAGCCAUGCGCAGAAGUACUUCAUCCGCCUUAACUCAAUGAACCGGGACCGGCGCCGCUCCAGCAUCCACGACAUCACCAGCAUCACGGCCGGCGAGGUCGUCGCGCAGCAGGGGCCCAUCACGGGCCAGGCCGCGGGCCCGCCCGGCAUGAAGCAUCUCGGGCCCGGGCCGCCGCCGAUGCCCGGGAUGGGCAUGUACGGGGGGGCGCCCAUGGGCCACCCCGUCGCGCCAGGCCACAUGGUCCCCGCCGCCGUCGGCACGCCGGUCAUGUUCCCGCCGGGGCACUCGCCCUACGUCAUGCCCGUAGGAUACCCGGCUCCCCAGGCAAAGAUGCAUCAAUAACCAGUUGCUACUUACUCCAUCUUGUUUGCAUUGGUCUUUGCUCUUGCUCCUGCAUAACAGAAGCAUUUCUUCCUUGUUCUUUCUUCAGUCUUGAUUCGUUUUGUGUAGCCGUCCGUCCCUGAUCCUCUCCUGGAUGUAACAUACAGUAGAUGAGUGCAGUGCAGGGAAUGCAGGCGAAUAAUGUAAGUAUUUGCUGACUGAUGCAACUGCUGUCUUAUGAUCACGCACCCGGGUAAGGUUCAACAAAUGUGGAUGUAAUUACCAGUAUCCUCCCGCGGUGUAUCGGUUGAUCCUUGCAGAGUUUCAACUGGGGACCGAUUUCCAUUUGCCGGAUGUAAAUUAUAUGUGUCUCAUUUCAAACAUAUAUUAAUCGUUGAGAUGCCAGGAACAAAUCUUCUUGUUCCUUCCCUCCCUUCUCAA